UCUCUCUCACCACAAAGUUCACUGCUUUCUUUCUUUCUUUCUUUCUCUCUGCAUUUUUCACCCAAAACCAAUGAGAUCCAUUUUCUAAAUAGAACACAUCAUCAUUCUCUGUGUAUGCAAAAAAAACCAUAACCAUAACCAUGUCAGUGUACGAUGCAGCUUUCGUUGACACAGAGCUCUCAAAACGCACCUCCAUCUUCGGCCUCCGUCUCUGGGUCGUCAUCGGAAUCCUCGUCGGUUCCCUCAUCGUCCUCACCCUCUUCCUCCUCUCUCUCUGCCUCACCUCCCGCCGCCGCAACAACAACAACCGCCACAACAACAAAAACAACAAGCUCCGCCACCCCACCGCCGCCGCCGCAUCAGCCGCCACACCCGUCGUCUCCAAGGAAAUCCAGGAGAUCGUGCCGGCGCCGGCGGAGCACCGUGUGGUGGUGUACUCGGACAGGGUUUCGAGCGGGGAGAGUAAAACGGCGACGAGCGUGUGCGAAACGUCGUCGUCGUUGGGGAGUGGAAGCGUUGGGCCUGAAGUUUCGCAUCUUGGGUGGGGAAGAUGGUACACCUUAAGGGAACUUGAAGCUGCCACCAAUGGAUUGUGUGAGGAGAAUGUGAUUGGAGAAGGUGGCUAUGGAAUCGUGUAUCGUGGGGUCCUCUUUGAUGGCACCAAGGUUGCUGUUAAGAACCUUUUGAAUAACAAGGGCCAAGCUGAGAGAGAAUUUAAAGUAGAGGUAGAAGCAAUUGGUCGUGUGCGGCACAAGAAUCUUGUUAGGUUGCUUGGAUACUGUGUUGAGGGAGCAUAUAGGAUGCUUGUGUAUGAAUAUGUUGACAAUGGCAAUCUGGAACAGUGGCUACAUGGGGAUGUUGGACCUGUAAGCCCUAUGACAUGGGAGAUCCGAAUGAACAUUAUAUUGAGCACAGCAAAAGGAUUGGCAUAUCUUCACGAGGGUCUUGAACCAAAAGUUGUCCACCGUGAUGUGAAAUCGAGCAAUAUACUCCUUGAUCGCCAAUGGAACUCGAAGGUUUCUGAUUUUGGGCUUGCUAAGCUUUUGUAUUCUGAGCAUAGUUAUGUCACUACUCGAGUGAUGGGGACAUUCGGUUAUGUUGCACCAGAGUAUGCUUGCACUGGAAUGCUGACUGAGAAGAGUGAUGUUUAUAGCUUCGGGAUACUAAUCAUGGAAGUAAUUACUGGGAGAAGUCCUGUCGAUUAUAGUAGACCACAAGGAGAGGUUAAUUUAAUAGAGUGGUUGAAAACUAUGGUUGGGAGUCGAAAAGCUGAGGAGGUAGUUGAUCCUAAGCUUCCUGAGAAGCCAUCUUCAAAGGCUCUUAAACGUGCUCUAUUGGUUUCUCUACGAUGUGUUGAUCCUGAUGCGGCAAAGAGGCCUAAAAUGGGACAUGUGAUCCACAUGCUUGAGGCUGACGACCUCUUAUUCCGUGAUGAUCGAAGGGUCGGGGGAGAAUCUUCCCAUUCCCAUCAUGAUAAUCAACAAGAGCAUAAGGACUCAAGUUUAGUUAAAAAACCUAUAGGUGGAGAAGAGAUCACUGAUCAAAGUGAAGAUGAUAGUAGUAGAAGUCACCAUCAACCCACUAGGUGGAAAUGAUUGUAGUUUAAUAAUUGAAUAGCAAUGUGUUAUAUUAUUUUUGGUCUUGGUGGUUUGCCAAUAUUUAUUUCUACCUCUUAUGAGGAAACAAGCAAUUGUUUUUUUUUUUUCCUUCCUCUUAUUUACAUAGUUUGCCCCGUUGUCACCUACCUCAAUUUGGGAUUCAUUUGUAUAC